AUGGUGGGGCAGCCAUUUGUGGUUCAGGGGCAGCCGAACUUCGCUGCCUGGCCGCGUGGCGUUUGCGCUUCUAUGACGUCCAAGCUGAGCAAAUCCAUCUCCCUGCCUGGUCUCUACAAGAUUGGAACUGACAAGCCUAAGAGCUUCAGUGGCAACGCACGGAAAACCACCCUGGGCUUCAAGACUGCUGGGAACUUGAAGUCAGCAGUGGAUCUGAAGAGAUCUCCUGAAGCUACUGAGCGCAGUCGCCACUUGGCAUCCUUGCUGAAGACUGGUGGCUGGCGGACCUGCUAUCGGGAAGAGGAAGAUGGCCCCAUGUUGCAGGAGGAGGACAUCAUUCCCAAGAACAUGAGGCACCCGAGGGUGAGCCCAGCGUGGCUAAAGCAUGAGAAACAGGUCCUUCGCUGGUAUGGAUUCUUUCAGGAGACCGUGACGGAGAGCGCGGAGGAGAAUAGUCGUUACCGGCAUGUGUACAUCAUGUAUUUCAUGGAGGAUGGCACCUUGGGCAUCAAUGAGCCAAAGGUGGAGAACUCGGGUAUGCCACAAGGCAACUUCCUGAAGAGACAGAAGGUACAGAAAGAGGAUGGGACUUAUCUGGGUCCAGAUGAUUUCCACAUCGGUUCAGAGGUAACUAUUUGCGGACAUACCUUCCACAUUUGUGGCUGUGACCGCUUUACCAGAUGGUUCUACGAGGAAAAUGGGGUGGUGAUUGAAGAAGAUGAAGAGAUUCCCAUUGACACUUGGCAGACCAACUAUCGCAUCCGAAAGGCCAGAGAUCGAGGUGGAAUUCCGUUGACCAAGGGUGUGAUGGACGACAAGGCGAUGUUUCGAGCACUUGGAGGCAUUCCUCCAGUGGAUAAGAAGCUGGCUCAAUUCCUGCUGAACGACCGAAAGGUCCUGCGCUUCAAGGGCUACUGGGACGACCAUACGCCAUAUGGCACCAGAUUUUAUUUCAUUCUCCACUACUAUUUAGCGGACAACACCUGUGAGAUCAACGAGGCUCACUGCCGGAACUCAGGGCGAGCGGCCUGGCCGAUCUUCAUGAAGCGUGGUCCAUUGCGCAAGAGCAACUUUGUGAAUGGGAUUCCCGCCAUGCUUUCUUCUCAAGCGCCGCUGUAUUUGCCAGAGGACUUGAAGGUGGGAGACUCCAUCAAGGUAUGGGGAAGGAAGGUGGUCCUAUAUGACUGUGACGAUUUCACCCGCAAGUUUUACCUCGACUACCUGGGUCUUGACCAGUUCGAGGGACGUAUUGAUGUGAGUGAGAAGCCUCUGACGCACCUGAAGCUCACGCCGCCUCCACACAGCGGUGUUGGCAAGGAGGAGGACUCCCUGCUGAACUGCACCAUGAUCCAGCCAAAGCCUCCCAAGAUUGACCUCGAAAGAAUGCUGGUGUAUGGUGGAGAUGCGCUGCGCUUCGAAUGCAAGAUGAUCAACGGCGAGCCAGAAGACGAGCUCCGACGUUUGGUCAUUGCCUUCUACCCAGCAGAUGGUGAAAUGGCAGUUUUUGAGGUGCCGGUGAUGGGAGCCGCGGGUUUUCUUGGGGUUCCGGUGCGCAACAGUGGGCACAUGGGAGGCAGAUUCUCUGAGAAGAGGCUCUUGAAAAAUCCAGACACAGGCAGCUACUUCAAACUCCAUGACUUGUACGUGGGCAAAGUGAUCACAAUUGCUGCGCAGCCUUUGCAAAUCGUUCGGGCGGAUGAGCGCUGCUUGCAAUUCCUGGAGGCGCGGCCAAAGGAGUUUCCAUAUGCUGAUCCUGUGGAAUGCUCAAAGCGAUUGCUGCCUCUGGCAGAUCAUCCAGAGAUGCAAAGCCCAGACGGUGUUGACCCAGAUCGUUUGAAGGACAUGGCGCUGGAGGCUGGCAUUUCCAUUGUGGAUCAUGAAAUCAUCACCCUUCUGCGAAGCGUUGGCGUCCCAGCUGAGACAGAGUCGGGUCAGCCAAAGGUCAUAGGGCCAAAGGUGCUGGAGUGUGCUGGGGUGAGUUAA